ACAAGCAAAAUGCCAAGGUAAAUGACGCGUUGGAGAUGAUGCACGGCUGCAGAGUUCAGUCAAAAUAGUCGACUGAGAAUAAAGGAAAUUAUUGAAAUGCUGACGCACGCAUUGAUGCAGCCUUCAGCACUAAAGCUCACCUUUGAUAGAGAUGUUUCAGCCUACGCAUAAUUCAUAUUUUAAGAUCUUCAAAGGAUGCUUAUUAGGUCAUCAUCCAUUUCAGAUUUGAAGGAGCAGAAGAAGGAGAAGAAGAAAAGAGGAAGAAAACAUGGAAGGAACUGUAGUGAUAUACCCCAUAAUGACCAUUGGCCACCUCGUAUCAAUGGUGGAACUAGGCAAUCUCAUUCUCCGCCAAUAUCAUCACCGCUUCUCCGUCACCGUCCUCAUCACAACAGACCAAUUAUUUAUCACACCAGACGUCACCGCCUUCCUCCGCCGCGUCUCCAAAGCCACCCCAUCCAUCACCUUCCACCACCUCCCUUCCCUCUCCAUUCCUUCCAGCUCUAUCGAACCUUCUCCCAAUCGAAGUCGCUUAGCAGUCCGCGGCGAACUUAUCCGCUCUAACAACCCAAACCUCAUCCAUGCACUUCAAACCAUCUCGGAAACCUCCACUGUUCGAGCCCUUAUCAUAGACUUCUUCUGCGUCCCUGGCUCCUACGGGGCAUCUGAUCUCGGCUUCCCCACAUACUACUAUAUCCCUGCAGGUGCUAUCUUUCUCUCCCUCUUGCUCCAUCUCCCCACCAUCCACAGUCAAACCACCAAGAGCUUCAAGCAUCUGACCACAACCCAUCUCCAUUUCCCCGGAUUGCCGCCCGUCCGGGCCUCCCACAUGCCCGAACCGAUGCUGGACCGAGAUGACCAAGUCUACCAUUACAUGUUAGAGAUCGGUAACAGACUACCCAAGUCAACAGGAAUUAUAGUCAACACUUUUGAGUCCCUUGAGUCAAAAGUGAUCAAAGCCAUCACUGAUGGGCUCUGCAUACCUGACGUUCCAACUCCACCUGUUUACUGCAUUGGACCAUUGAUCGACAGCCCCGAUACUCAUUCCCUGGAGGGUGAAAGUAUAAAUCAAUGCUUGUCAUGGCUGGAUGCGCAACCGAGUCAGAGGGUCGUGUUCUUGUGUUUUGGAAGCCGAGGUGUGUUCUCGAAAACGCAGGUGAAGGAGAUCGCAGUUGGGUUGGAGAAAAGUGGGCAGAGGUUCUUGUGGGUACUGCGGAAGCCUCUCUCAGAGGACAAUAACAAACAUAUGUCUUUUGAAAGGGAAGAUCUGGAUUUGGAUGUUCUGUUACCGGAAGGUUUCUUGGAAAGGACCCAUGACAGGGGUCUUGUGGUCAAGGAGUGGGCCCCACAAGUGGAAGUGCUUAGUAAGGAAUCGGUAGGUGGGUUCGUGACUCACUGUGGGUGGAACUCGGUGUUGGAAGCUGUAUCCGCAGGGGUGCCCAUGGUGGCAUGGCCUCUCUAUGCUGAGCAGCACAUGAACAGAACAGUUUUGGUGGAGCAGAUGAAAUUGGCGAUGCCGAUGGAGGCAUCAAAAGAUGGGAUGGUGAGUGCGGUGGAGGUUGAGAAACGCGUUAGGGCGUUGAUAGAAUCGGAAGAAGGGAGAGUUUCAAGAGAAAGGAGUCGCAAGACAAAGGAAGAGGCCGUGGCUGCGUGGUCCGCGGGUGGUUCUUCUAUGAUUGCUUUCACCAAGCUGGCUGACUCAUGGAUCUAUUGAUGCCAACUCAGGUGACUCAGCUGUUUUGCACGGUGUUGAGAUUUUGGGAACAUAGUCCAAUCGGCUCAGUAAGAGAAAGAGAGAGAUAGACAGAGAGAAGCCAUGCAGCUACGCUGGUUGAUGAUGUGAUCCUUUUUAAAGCACAUGGAUGGAUGAGGUCUCUUGUGGUUUAAUCAAAUGUCAAAUUUUAUGAUGAAAUCCUCUCAUUUGGAUUGCGGCAUGGCAUCAAUCAGUUCAAUACAUGAUUUUCUUUUCUAAUAAUGAAAAAUACGGAAAAAUAAAUUAAACAUGGAGCAUGACCUCUGUGCCAAUGUCAAAGCCAAUGAAAACAAAAGUAGAAGCAUCUGAAGCCAAAUCUCUUGCGCCCUUCCACCCCUUGAAGGAAACCUCUGGCUUCUGUUUCUUCGUUCUCACCACCUAUCAGUCUAUUCCCAAAGUUUGCUUAUUUUGACUUGAGCUAUGGCAAAGGUAUUUAUAGUAUUUAUGUCUGGAUUUGCAGUGAAUUUGCUUUUCAGUAGGAAAAUUGUUUUACCCAAUCUUAUUAUUCUUUUGCCUAAUCUUUCCUUACUAUAGGUUAUUAAUGUAAGAUUUCAUUGUGGUUCAAGUUAAAAAAUAGAUCGAUUUAAAUU